GUGACUAAACGAGUGUGCCCUGGAUUAACGUCCGGAUAGGAAACACAAACAAAAUGGCUGGGAAGAAGAAAGACACUGAAACCUUCGACGUGAUCGACUUGGCUGAGCAGGUCAAGAAGCAGAGAUGGUGGAGCAAAACGUUCGGGAAUAAUUCUGGUCCAGCUGCCGAGAAGUAUUCAGUAGCAACACAACUCACCAUUGGUGGAGUGACUGGGUGGUGUGCAGGAUACCUGUUUCAGAAAGUCGGAAAAGUUGCAGCGUCGGCUGUAGGCGGGGGCUUCUUUUUGCUUCAGAUUGCUAAUCACACCGGAUACAUUACAGUUGACUGGAAGAGAGUGGAGCAGGACGUGAACAAAGCCAAGAAGCAGCUCAAACUGAACACGGAGAAACCGAGUAAAGAAGUGAAGACAAAAGUGCAAGAGGUGCAGAUGUUCGUGAAAAAGAACAUUGUCCUCACAGGAGGCUUCAUCGGCGGAUUCCUGCUUGGUCUGGCGUCGUAAGAAGCCUCUCGUCCACGUCACAUGGUCUUAAAGGACUACAAGAAAUGUCAACUAAGUGCAUGCGACAAAUAUAUUUUCUUUUCUGUGAUGACUUUAUUUAUACAUUGUAGGUGGUGUUUAUACACGUGUGUCUCUCUCUCUCUCUCUCUCUCUCUCAUGAAACAGCCAGCAUUUUGCACUGAUUUCAUGCCUUUGGUAUUAUUUUCACAUUUUAGUGAUUAGUUUUCUCUUUGAUGCUGCAUUUUCUUUGAACCAUUCUGGAUUAUAUUUUGUGAUAUGAAAGAUCAUGGUACAUAUUUAAAUCUUCAUGUGCAAAGAUAUGUACAUGUACAUCAGGCAGACUUUCAGCACUGUGUGUAAACUGACAAAUAUUAUCGAUUUAAAAAGAAAUUUCCCUUCAGCGGGUUAUGAAAAGCUGGAUUUUGAAGAAGCCACUAAAUGGGAUUCAACAACGUUGUAAUUCUGUCUUUUCAUAUCCAUAAAUAAACAGUUAAAGUUGAA